AUGCGUAUAGCUACCCUCUUCUUCUCAUACCUACCCACAUCCAACUCCUUCCCAUACCUACCUACAUCCAACCCCUUCUUCUCAUACCUACCUACAUCCAACCCCUUCUUCUCAUAUCUCUCCUACCACAGAUCACGCAAGCGGUUUCCGACUGUCAGUUGGUACUGUCAGCGCACCGGUGCAGCCAUCCUGCGCUCGUCACAGCCGCUGGUGGGCGUCACACGCUCACGCAAUAAAGGCGAUGAGAACCUCCUGCACACACUCUCACAGCACGAUACACUACACAAGCCAACGUCAUCGAUUUCAGAGAACGAAGCGGUGGAUGGGACGGACAGUCAUCUCUCGACACCGCUGAGACGGGGGUUGGCUGCUGCCAAGAGUAUGGAUGCAUGCAUCGGUAUAGCCGGUGACAGAGAAGAGGACCUGAGUGAGUACGAGAGCGACGGUCUCGAGCGCAGCGCCAGUGCGAUCUCAACGCUAGGUGAUCGUGUCUCCCACAGUGCGGAGUCGGAAGUACCGAACUUUGACAACACUCGAUGCGACGGUAGUAGUGGUGUGGGAACGACGAAUGGGGCGUCUAGUGUUAGUCUAACAAUGGGCAAACGCAACGCACCCGUACCGUAUGUAGAACCCUACGCACGCUCACGCUCCCAUACGGAGCGUAGUGCGCCCGCACGGCCCACCACACCUGCACCCGUGUCCGGGAUUUCAGGUGCAGGUGCGCAGGAGAGCCGGGGGGAUAACAGGGCGAAAGGAAGAGGGCGAGAGCAUGACGGUAGGCGUGACAUUCCAGGCACGCAGACACACACAGAAGCACAGACACAGACACAGGGCAAUUCGCACACACAUUCACGCUCACACACACCCGACGGGGCCAAGACUCAGACGAAAUUGGGCCAUUUAUUGGCCAAGGCAAGGAACUCGCUGGAGCAGAGCAGUCUCUCGCCGUUGAGCUCAGGCAAGACGAUCUCGAGCGACUCACAGAAAGCCCUGUAUAUCCUGGAUGCGAGGCCGCUGGUGAAUGCAGGGGCUAUGACGCUGAUGGGGGCAG